CCUUGCUCUUGUAUUUCAAUCACCAUUUCUCAACCCCACCCCCACCCCCACCCCCAGUCCUCUUGUGUGUUGAAGAAUGGACUCAAGAUGUGCAAUUCUGUGUGAAGUUUUACUAGCAAUCUUUCUUCCUCCUCUUGGUGUUUGCCUUCGCCAUGGUUGCUGCACUGUGGAGUUCUUGAUUUGCUUGAUUUUGACCAUAUUGGGCUAUGUUCCUGGAAUUAUCUAUGCUCUUUAUGCAAUCCUCUGUAUUCAAAGUGAACCACACUACCAUCAUUACCAUUCUCUUGCUUGAUAGUUUAAUUCCUUUUUCAUUGUUCACUACACCACUUGAGAUUGUGUGGUUGUUGUCCUUGUUUGCUCUUGUAUUGUAAUUCUUUGCUUGUAAUUUAGACUUGUACCAUUGGAUGAAUUGUACUCUUGUGAUACUUGAUCUUAAAUCAACUUUGCAGUUUGAGUUUAAAGAUUGAACCUUUAUA